AUGAUGUCACUUAUAGACUUAAACGAUGACCAGAGAUGGGUGCCUACACAUGUGAAUGUAACUGUCCUUCGUGCAAGGGGUUUGCGGAUGAAGGACAAGAACGGGAGCCGUUAUGUUUACACCAUCAUUCAGGUGGGGAAGGAGAAAUACACCACCGGUUUGGUCGAGAAGGCGACUGUGCCUGAGUGGAAUGAGGAAUGCUGUUUCGAACUUCUCCCCGGAAUACUGGAGGCUGGGGGUCGCAGUGCUUUUCCCUCAGGGAGCGGUGACUUGGUCAUCAACGUUAUGCACCGUGUGCUUAUCGGACUUGACGUGUUUCUUGGUCAAGCAAUCGUCCCUUUGGAUAAAAUAUUUCAAGAUGGAAUGUGCCCUAGAGAUGAGUAGGUUCCUCUCACUUACUAAGUUAAUUUGCUUAUGAUGAGGAACUUAUUUCCACUGAGUAUAUUGACAUUUUAGUCAUUUAGCAGACGCUCUUAUCCAGAGCGACUUACAGUUAGUGAGUGCAUAUAUAUUUUUUUUAAUACUGGUCCCCCGUGGGAAACGAACCCACAACCUUGGCCUUGCAAACACCAUGCUCUACCAACUGAGCUACACGGGACAUGUAGGCUAAAUUAUAAUAUACAUAAAUUAUAGGCCAUUAUGGCCAUAGUAAUUUGCCAUGAUUUGACAGUAACAUUUAUACGCCCAACUUGCUAAAGUAUCUGCAUUACAGAUGUCUACGAUAGAUACUGUGGCAGGCCCAACUAUGGAGAAGGGUGCAAUUGCGGCUCGCAAUUUGGGGUGCAACUGCAUGUGGGCAUUCCUGCAUAUGCAGGAACCUGUCUUUAUACUUCUAUUGGUCAAUUUUUAAGUUAAGACAGCCGGGAGGUGGGGGCGCUCCAGUACAGUAGGUGGCGUUAAUGCACAAUAACGUUGGAUGCCAGCCGCUGAUAAACCACACAGAAGAAGGGGCGGUAGCUAGCUAGCCGUACACGGGUAACGAUGGCGAGGGCAGGUGUUCGGCAGGCGGGAGCGAAGGACACUGUGUGCUAUCUUAGCCAGCUAGUCCUAAGGAGGACUCCGGAACACAGCAGGUGGGAGGUGGGGGCGACACAGUGUGCUAGCUAGCUAACUAUCAAGCUAGCUAGUACACGUGUCGCCUCAGCCUCCCACCUGCUGUGCUAGCGGGAGGCGGGGACGACCGGUAGGCAGUGUCUUUCGCCCCUGCCUGUCGGGCAUGGUUUUCUCUGUGACACAGCAGUUGGAAGGCGGGGGCAACACCGUGUGCUAGCUAAGUAGCAAGCUAGCACACAGUGUCACUAAUUAACAAGCUAGCUAGCACGCGUUAGGCGGCGACGACUGGUAAACUGUUCUUUGCCCCUGCCUGUCGGCACGGUUUUCUCCAGGACACAGCAGGCCGGAGGCGGGGGCGACAUUGGGUGCUAGCAAACUAGGAAGCUAGCACACAGUAUCACUAACUAAGCUAGUUAGAUAGCACGCGGGAGGCAGGGGCGACCGGUAGACAGUGUCCUUCAACCCCGCCUGUCGGGCACUGUUUUCCCGCAGUUUUGUUAACGACAUUGAGUGCAGGACGGGAGCGAAGGACUGUCUACCGGAGGACUCUGGUAGGCAGGGACGAAUAAAACUCAGAUAAAACAUUUAUUUCCCUUUUGACCCACAUUUAACAGUGUCACACAAGCAUGAAGAUGCUGUGCUCGGGGGGGGGGGCAUGCAUGCAGGCAGGAACCAAUGGGGUACUUGAGUGGGGGCGUUCAUGCAGGAACUAAUGGGAUUUCCCAACAAGUUAGAAAAAAAGUUGAAGGGUAUGACAUCUUGGUCUACGUCUCUGCAGAACAGAAUGUUUUUCUACCAAUAAAAAAUGAUAGCUAUUUUAGUAAACGCAUAAAAUACACUCAACAAAAAUAUAAACGCAACAUGUAAAGUGUUGGUCAUGAGCUGAAAUAAAAGAUCCCAGAAAUGUUCCAUACGCACAAAAAGCAUAUUUCUCUCAAGUUUUGUGCACACAUUUGUUUACAUCCCUGUUAGUGAGCAUUAUCAUUUGCCAAGAUAAUCUAUCCACCUAACAUUUGUGGCAUGUCAAGAAGCUGAUUUAACAGGAUGAUCAUUACACAGGUGCACCUUGAACUGGGCACAAUAAAAAGCCACUCUAAAAUGUGCAGUUUUGUCACACAACAAACACAAUGCCACAGAUGUCUCAAGUUUUGAGGGAGCGUGUAAUUGGCAUGCUGACUGCAGGAAUGUCCAGAGUUGCCAGAGAAUUGAAUGUUAAUUUCUCUACCGUAAGCCGCCUCCAACGUCAUUUUUGAGAAUUUGGCAGUACGUCCAACCAGGGCUCACAACUAACUUUUUUACAGUACCGGCCUGAAGAGCAAUUUCAACUGUCCCAAACUGAACCAUCAAACAGGCAAAGAGUCAAUACAGGACUAAGAUUGAAUCGUACUACACCGGCUCUGACGCUCGUCGGAUGUGGCAGGGCUUGAAAACUAUUACAGACUACAAAGGGAAGCACAGCCGCGAGCUGCCCAGUGACACAAGCCUACCAGAUGAGCUGAAUCACUUCUAUGUUCGCUUCGAGGCAAGCAACACUGAAGCAUGCAUGAGAGCAUCAGCUGUUCCGGAUGACUAUGUGAUCACGCUCUCCGUAGCCGAUGUGAGUAAGACUUUUAAGCAGGUCAACAUUCACAAGGCCGCAGGGGCAGACGGAUUACCAGGACGUGUACUCCGAGCAUUUGCUGACCAACUGGCAAGUGUGUUCACUGACAUUUUCAACAUGUCCCUGACUGAGUCUGUAAUACCAACAUGUUUCAAGCAGACCACCAUAGUCCCUGUGCCCAAGGACACUAAGAUAACCCGCCUAAAUGACUACUGACCCGUAGCACGCACGUCUGUAGCCAUGAAGUGCUUUGAAAGGCUGGUCAUGGCUCACGUCAACACCAUUAUCCCAGAAACCCUAGACCCACUCCAAUUUGUAUACCGCCCCAACAGAUCCACAGAUGAUGCAAUCUCUAUUGCACUCCACACUGCCCUUUCCCACCUGGACAAGAAGAACACCUACGUGAGAAUGCCAUUCAUUGACAACAGCUCAGCGUUCAACACCAUAGUGCCCUCCAAAGCUCAUCACUAAGCUAAGGACCCUGGGACUAAACACCUCCCUCUGCAACUGGAUCCUGGACUUCCUGUUCACCCAUGACUGCAUGGCCAGGCACGACUCCAACACCAUCAUUAAGUUUGCCGACGACACAACAGUGGUAGGCCUGAUCACAGACAACGAUGAGACAGCCUAUAGGGAGGAGGUCAGAGACCUGGCUGUGUGGUGCCAGGAUAACAAUCUCUCCCUCAACGUGAUCAAGACAAAGGAGAUCAUUGUGGACUACAGGGGAAAAAAAGAGGACUAAGCACGCCCCCAUUCUCAUCGAUGGGGCUGUAGUGGAACAGGUUGAGAGCUUCAAAUUCCUUGGUGUCCACAUCACCAACAAACUAUCAUGGUCCAAACACACCAAGACAGUCGUGAAGAGGGCAUGACAAAGCCUAUUCCCCCUCAGGAGACUGAAAAGAUUUGGCAUGGGUCCUCAGAUCCUCAAAAAGUUCUACAGCAUCGAGAGCAUCCUGACUGGUUGCAUCACCUCCUGGUAUGGCAACUGCUCGGCCUCCGACCGCAAGGCACUACAGAGGGUAGUGCGUACGGCCCAGUACAUCACUGGGGCCAAGCUUCCUGCCAUCCAGGACCUCUAUACCAGGCAGUGUCAGAGGAAGGCCCUCAAAAUUGUCAAAGACUCCAGCCACCCUAGUCAUAGACUGUUCUCUCUGCUACCGCACGGCAAGCAGUACCGGAGCACCAAGUCUAGGUCCAAAAGGCUUCUCAACAGCUUCUACCCCCAAGCCAUAAGACCCUUGAACAGCUAAUCAUGGCUACCCGGACUAUUUGCACUGCCCCCCCACCCCACCCCCCUCUUUUACGCUGCUGCUACUCUGUUAAUUAUUUAUGCAUAGUCACUUUAACUCUACCCACAUGUACAUAUUACCUAAAUUACCUAGACUAACCGGUGCCCCCGCACAUUGACUCUGUACCGGUACCCACUGUAUAUAGCCUCCCUACUGUUAUUUUAUUUUACUGCUGCUCUUUAGUUAUUUGCUUUAAUUUUUUUACUUAACACUUCUUUUUAUUUUACUUUUUCUUUUAAAAAACUGCAUUGUUGGUUAAGGGCUUGUAAGUAAGCAUUUCACUGUAAUGUCUACACCUGUUGUAUUCGGCGCAUGUGGCAAAUAAAAUCUGAUCUGAUUUGAUGUUUUUUUUAUGUUUUGAUAUGCCAACAUGGGUCUAGGUCAUUUGCAAUGCUUUUAAAGUAAUUGAUGUAUUUCUGUGACCGAUACAGAAAGUCUAUAUUACAUAAACUUAAUUUCUUAAGAAAAAAAAGUUUAGCAUCUUAAUGAAGACAAAUAUUAUUAAUAAUUAUAAUGUAUUCAUUGAACAUGUUAACCACAUGUACACAAUAAAUCUAAGAGAGAACAAUGUUAUUGUGAACGGUUUACUGAAGAAAUGUAAGUCAGAGACAUUCCAUUCCACCACCAGCUGCCCCAUUAAACAACAUAACACAACAAUAUACAAUAAAGAAUGUGUGUGUUCCCCAGCCUUCACUUUCUCUGCUUCCUCUUCAGUCACUGAAGAAUGAUGGCCUUGACCUUUUUGAGUGCCACCACUUGCUAACAGCCAGGGCCUAAAAUGUACUUUUUGGUACACCAGCCACCGUGGCAGGUAGAUAAAACCCAUCUACCAGCCAAAAUAUUUUCUUUACAUUUACAUUUACAUCAUUUAGCAGACGCUCUUAUCCAGAGCGACUUACAAAUUGGCUAAAAUUACUCCAAAACACAAAAAAACAGAUGAGAAUUCUUUGUGAUGUUUCUAAACAAUAAAUGUAUUACUUUGUAAGAAGUAAUGUUGUAUAUUGUUUAAUUUAAUUUUUUGUGACCUGAGUCUUUUAACCAAAAUAUCACAGAUGAGUCAAAAAUGUGAUAUACCGUGUUAACGUGAUUUGAGUCAAGUUUGUGCCUGUGAGAUUGAGAGGAUGACUAGUAACCGUGUUGCUUCUCUUCCCUAGCAGUUGAAACUCAAACAUUGAAAAAGAACCUAGCUUGUGAACAAAACAAUGUAAAUAGUCAAGAACAAAGUCUCACUACAGUAGACUUUCGAUUCAAGUAAAUUAAACAAACUUUGUGUGCGCAGUGUUGCAGCGCGAGGCAGAAAUACUUUGCACAUUUUACAGUGUGCAUUCGGUUCAGGUCAGUGAGAUACAACCAUAUUCUCUAGAAUACCAUAGUAUCUAGCCAUAGCUUACAGACAAUGCAAAUGCCACAGCAACUCCCGGCAUAGACAACCUCCGCUACGGGCCGGCGGGCCGCAGACAGGCUGGGAGAGAGUCAAAUGUGCAUUCUAAUAGGCCUAUUUGCCCAAAACUUGAAUGAUAUUAUACAUUUCCAUAACCUAAAUAAUGACAUGCGAUGCCUAGCCAGCCAUAUCAUUGUUUGAAACCUGGACAUUUUACAUAGCCUAUUUUACCUUGGCGUUCUCCUGUAAUAGCAUUUUGGAACAUUCACACAUAUGGCCGAGACCAAUGAACACAUUGCUGCGCUUGUAAUGUAAAUUAUUAAUAGUUUAUCAACUUUUAAGCUAAAUGUUGUGAUCUGUUUCAUCAGCCUUGUCUUUGUGUUUAAAGCACUGUUGUAUGCAUUUUAUAUUUUUCUGGCCUAUCGUCCUGCAACUGUCCAAAAGUCUGUUUUGAACCUUCCCAGAAAAAUGUUUUUAUCAUCCCCAGGAUGACGGGACGCCCUUAAUUUUGAGCCCUGCUUCCAACCAGCCUCACAACUGCAGACCACGUGAAUGGCAUCAUGUGGGCGAGCGGUUUGCUGAUGUCAAAGUUGUGAACCAAGUGCCCCAUGAUGGCGGUAGGGUUAUGGUAUGACCAGGCAUAAGCUACGGACAAUGAACACAAUUGCAUUUUACAGAUGGCAAUUUGAAUGCACAGAGAUACCGUUACCAGAUCCUGAGGCCCAUUGUUGUGCCAUUCAUCCGCCGCCAUCACCUCAUGUUUCAGCAUGAUAAUGCACAGCCCCAUGUCGUAAGGAUCUAUCUGUACACAAUUCCUGGAAGCUGAAAAUGUCCCAGUAAUUCCAUGGCCUGCAUACUCACUAGACAUGUCACCCAUUGAGCAUGUUUGGGAUGCUCUGGAUCAACAUGUACGACAGCGUGUUCCAGUUCCCACCAAAUCCAGCAACUUCACACAGCCAUUGAAGAGGAGUGGGACAACAUUCCACAGGCCACAAUCAACAGCCUGAUCAACUCUAUGCGAAGGAGAUGUGUCCGCUGCAUGAGGCAAAUGGUGAUCACACCAGAUACUGACUGGUUUUCUAGACCACGGCCCUACCUUUUUUUAAGGUAUCUGUGACCAACAGAUGCAUCUGUAUUCCCAGUCAUGUGAAAUCCAUAGAUUAGGGCCUUAUUUAUUUAAAUUGACUGAUUUCCUUAGAUGAACUGGAACUCAGUAAAAUCUUUGAAAUUGUUGCAUGUUGCGUUUAUAUUUUUGUUCAGUAUACGUUUUAUCUAAACCAUUUUUUACCACUUUCCCAACAACUUGGAGAGUAUGAAAUCUACUUCUCUGCUUUUCAAAUCUAAAAUCAGAAAACUUCUUCCACUACCACAAAAAUACUAUAAAGAAAUCUAAAGCAAGUCCCACAAUUUUAUUGGGAUUUACUUGGAUAUAUCCAUAAUAAUGACGUUGCAUGAUUUCGCCUGGCUCAGAAAAAGUUGAGUCGCGUCUGGACACCCGUUCGCUCUCUAUGAUAGGCUCCAGGGGAGUUCACAUUUCAAAAGUGAAAUAAAUCUUCAGAGGUCUGACAGGCAGACAGCUAUGCUUAUAUUAACCCCUGCUGUACCAAACUAAAUGCUAGACUGGAAGCAAGGGGAAAUAAUGUGAAAGUUGAGAUAAAUGCAAGAGAUGAUUCGGACAGCAACGUGAACAUGAUAGUCUUAUGGAGACACAGUGAUCAUUUUCAGAUGGAACUGUUAGCAGGCAUAGUGUGCCUGUGACGGCCAAUACAGCACGGCUUGGAAUGCUGCUCAUCCAAUCAGCAUUCAGGAUCCAAACAACACGUUUUAUAAAAUAAAAUAAUGUUGGUCACAGAUGCGUUUAAGUUGCAUGACAAUGCAUGUGUGGAGCGCUGGGGAUGGUUGACGCCUGACAGUCUCCUCUCACUGUGGCUCCAGAUGGCUCAAACUCAACUCCAAGGCCGGCCGGAAGGAGAAGGAGCGCGGCGAGAUGCAGGUGACGGUCCAGUUCACCCGCAACAACAUGACAGCCAGCAUGUUUGACCUAACCAUGAAGGACAAGCCACGGUCCGCCUUUGGCAAGCUCAAGGACCGUGUGACGGGGAGGAAGAUGGGCGACAUGGAGUCAUCAUCAGCCAUCGUGCCGGGACGCUUCGCCGCACUGUCGGGUUCCCUAGGGCAAACAUUCAGAGAGGGGGGCGGAGGAGGAGAGGACCCCAUGGAGGUAGACGAGGAGAAGCGGAGAAAGGUGAAGGAUUUCUUCCUGGGGAAGGGAAAACUGCGGAGGUCGUCCGACACAAGGUCGUGCUCAUCGCUGGCCUCGGAGAGCAGCGUGUCAUCCUUGACCAGUGAGAGCCCCCCUCCUCUGGGCCAAGGCCUCCUGGCAGCCCCACCCAGCUCCCUCAGCCCCCCCUUAUACAGCAACAAGGUCAAAGUAGACACCCACCACAGAGAUACAGACCUAGCUAAAAAAGGUAAGCCUGCAGAUUUCCUAUCUCCCGAGUGUUUCAUUUUCAUUAGAAAUUUACCUAAAUGUCUGUAAUAUGUAGUAAUUCAUGAGCUGUAUUUAGAUUCUGGCAGAAUCUUUACCAGAUAAAAGCAUGUACUGUAUGUCAAGGAUCUAGCUUGCUUAUGCAUUUUAAAGAAUUGUUUUGGAAGAGAGGUUAUUAUUAGGACCGAUCCAUUUCAGGCCAAUACUUUGACACCCUUUCUUUCCCUCCAAAUAGUGUUCACCACCACACAGUCUUCCCCUUUAAUACUGACCCACAAGCAAGCCUUCAGCGACGAGGCGAGUGGGAUUACCACUACUGCCGUUCCCCAGCCCUGUCCUGCUGUGGAAUCCCUCAAGGGUCAGGGUAUGACUCUCUCCCAAUCCUCUCUGUGCAUCAACGGAAGCCACGUCUACGGAUCCGAACCCAAGGGCUCAGGCACCCUCCCAUCCAAGCUGGUCCUCCUCGAGAAGUGCUCCCCACUCUCUCAUUCGCUGCAGAACCUCACAAAGCGGAGCGAGGACAAUGGUUCCGCCGGCGAUGGGCGGCGCUGGUCCUUCGACAAGGUGAAGAAGGAAGAGAAGUACGAGAAGAAGGCCGAACCACAUGUCUCCCAGGUUCAAAGCGCUCGGGUUGGGGGUUGUCCGGUGCAGGCAGCCGCCCCGAUGCUGUCUUCCACUACCACGGUGGACUCGGCAGACAAAGGGAAAAAGCUCAGAAAGUCGUUAUUCUCCAGAGGGAGGAGUGAUUCUCUACCUGCCAAGUCGGCGCCGAGCCAGGGUUGUCCUCUCCCCGAGGGGAGACUGCGAGGCUUGUUUGGCUCCAGUGACUCCCAGAACAAGCCAAGGUGAGUGGAGGGUCAUUUCAGAUGUCUCCACACUCCAGGGCUUCAUACAGUUUUGCCUUCCAUCGAAAGAACACAGACAUCUACAUCUUGAAAGGUUUUGAUUUCCUUGUGUUCAGUGUCUAUGCUGCCCCCUGUUCCUUUAAAAUGGAAAUGUGGCCAGUUCAUCCACCAUUUCAAUCAAUCAAAUGUAUUUUAUAAAGCCCUUUUUACAUCAGCAGUUGUCACAAAGUGCUGCAAUCUCAUAUCACCUCAUGUAGGCCACAACAUGAUAAGGUUCAUACUGUACUCUUAACACAGGAUAAUAGUAAACAUCUAGGCCAUUUGUAUAAGAAUAGAUGUACUGUCCUUUGAAUCAGAGGAAAUCAAAGACAGAGUCCAUGUGACUGCAGUUGAAAAGGAAAUAAUGGCAUAUACAGUAUAUUUCACUCUUAACCUUGGGGUCAAAUUGAAACAGAUACUGUAUACAGAGAAAGAUCUAACUGAACUUUAAGCUUAAGGUUUGGUAUGUUGUGGAACAUCUGGGCCAGUAUUCAUGAAGGAUAUCAGAAUAAGAGUGCUGAUCUAGGAUCAGGUCCCCCUGUCCAUGUAAACUUAUUCAUUAUGAUCUAAAAGACCAAACUGAUCCUAGAUCAGUUCUUUACUCUGUGAUGCUUUAUGGAUACUGGCCCAGUACACAAAUCACCUGUUUUUGCUAUUAGAUUAUGUGCAGUAUUACUGUUUCUAAUCAGACAGUAAUUCCUGAAAUACCAAAUUUAGUACAUCUUGCAUUUUUGCUCUUCACCUUGCUUCAGUAAUUUGCAAAAUGCUGUUUUGCUUUUUGUAGUAAACUCUUGUUGCUGUUUUCCAUAACCCAUUAUUGUUAACAUUUUUGGGCAAUUGUAGCAUAUUCACAUAUGAAAAUAUUUUAAGCUAGUCCUCAAAUAAACGUUAGCUGGCAGAAGAUGCUUCUUCUCUUUAGACAUCUGGCUUUCCUUUUUCUAUGUGUGUUAGAAAAUUGCACCCAUUUUUUUGAAUGGGUCAGCUGGCAUAGAAUUAACAAAGAGGACUGCUUGUGCCUUCCCUCCACAGGGUGGAAGUUUCUUCUAAGGUAGAAAGCGACUCAGACACCCCUCCUCCCCUCCCCCCUCGCUCCCCCAUUCCCCCCCAGUCCUUGUCUCCCUCUACUUCUUCCACUGGCCGUGCCUCACCCGACAGUGGCCAUCCCACUAACCCCUUCACCCCCUCUCCCUCUCCGACCCCCAAUCCAAUCUCUCCCUCCAACCCCUUCCUCCUGUGUAUGCAGGGUAACCCAUUUUUUGAGGACCUCAUAACCGAAGAGGCCCGGAGGUCCCCCCCUCUCGCUCCCUGCUCCCCCUGUCAUUCCACAGCUUUGCCUAGUGUCCCCAGUACCGUCCACAAUGUCGCAGUGCAAAAGAAAAUGGCCACCAUACGGCGAGAGCGCCCCAGGCCUGUAGCCAGGCAGACGUCCCUCCCUGCCUUACUCCCGAGAGCGGCGACUGCCAGCCCCCCGAAUCCAUUCACCUCUCGCUCCAUAUCAGAGAGCGGGGGAAGAGAAUGGGACGAGUCCUUUGACGCCUUUGCAUCCAGCAGGCUGAAUUCGCCAAAGGGCUCUCCUACCAAUCACCCUUCAAAUGCAACCUCGAGGCAAGCUCAAGUAAGAAGCACUCCUCCACAUGAGAGUUACACUAUUCCACCCGUUGAGGAGAUGCAGAUGAGUGAAGAAGAAGAGCAUCCACCGUUGCCUCCACGGAGGCCCAUAACAAGGACUUUGGUAAACAAGAGACCCUCUGACAGCUGGUUGCACAGGGGUCAGGAGCUGGCUGUGCAGAAAGAGGCCUGUCUCCUGUCACAAACAGGCGCGGCUUCCCUGCAGCACACAAGAGAAGGCGGGCACAAGAGAUGCACACUUAUUCCCCAGCUGUACCCAAGCCCAGGCAAACACCUUCUCGUCAGCAGUGAAUUUCAUACCGAACACUCACAACGUUAUGCCAACAUUUCUCCAGAGUCUCCAUCUCCAUUCAAGUCUGAAGAUGAGUUCGAGAAGUUUGACUAUGAACCAUUGCGAGAUGAAGAUGAUAGCUGUAAAAUGAUGUUUAAUGAGCAGGACUUAUGGCCGGAUGCAACAGAAAACCAUCUAGACCCAAAUAUAAAGGAUUCGAUAAUAUUGUUGGCCUCAGAGGAUACGAUGGACGCCAGUCCCACUGUUAGAAAAGACGCCAUUGUAAAGAACACUUCACAUUCUGAACUCAAAGACUUAUCUCUACCAGUAAUGCUUCUUGAUAGUGAAAUGACUGUUGCCGAUCUACUGAAUAUGUCUUCCCCAAAACACUCUAAUUCAGGUCUUAAGACGCAUGACAUUGCGUCAACUACACCAGACCCAACAACAGAAUUAUUCUCAAUUCACCCAGAGAAGCCCACCAAGUCCAGAGAUAUAAAUUAUGAAUCACCUCCGCUAACCUUGGAAGAUCUAAAUAAAAACCUAAGUAACUCUGAUUUUAGUUUUAUUGACUCUGCUUCUGAUGCCUCCCCAUCUCCAUCUGAAAUGAUGACAGUGAAUACCCUCAAAAGUUUAGGUGGCAUUUUUCCUCAAUCUCCACAAGUUACACUCAUAACCGUAUAUCAUGAGCAGAAGAUGCUAUCUGCAGAGGAUAUGUUAACUUUUCAGAAACCUAGUACUAUAGACAUCAACUCUGCCCUAAAAGCGAAUUUACCAGAAGCCUCCUUGCUUUGUCAAGACAAUUGGCAAGAUGGAGGUUGUGAAUUGAAUACAUCACGCAGAGAUUCUGCAAGCAAUAAGAAGAACAAUAGCAUUUUUACACCUGACAGUCUUAACAUAGAGCCUGAGUCUGAAGACAUCACUAGAGACACUGUAGAUAUAAAACAAUCUCCACUGGAUAGAAAUGGCAACAUUUCAAAAUCAAAGAUAGACAUUUCAAUAGUAGACCCUUCAUGUCAUAUUAGAACUUCUCCAGUUUCUCCACAGAUGGGAAUGCAACAGGAAGUUGUACGCAAUAAACAGGAAGUGAGUCAGCCUCUGGCCAAACUAACCAAGCAUGUCAAUGAGUCUUCACCUAGGGGUGCUAGUUCACACAGGAGUCUCAAGGGAAUGAUACGAGAGCUCCGCGGCAACGGUGGUUCAAAUAGCCCUGGCAAAGGAUUGCGUGAGAGCCCUCUUCACCAAUCACUGUCUCCUGGGCAAGUACUCUCAGAGAGCAUUGAAGUACCCUUCUCAUAUCAACCCACCAAAUCUCCUUUUUCCUCACCUUUGUCACCAGAUAGAGAGACAACGCUCAAGGCAGCUAAAUUAUUUGUUUCCUCGCAAAAAACGAACACAAAAUGUUCCACUCAGUCAAUUCCAAAAGAAAACUGGUUAACGGAACGUUCCCCGUCCAGACAUGCUGGGACCAUCAGCUUCGAAGACGUCCAUGCCAAAGUAGCCCCGAACGUGAGAAGCCCCAUGAGUGCCAGGUUAAGGCCUGGCGUCUCUCUGCAUGCUUCCAACCCCUCCUCUGCUGCCCCCUCCCUGGUGACUGAAACUAAUGCCCAGGCUAAGCUACCCCCCACCCCCGGCCCCUCCUCCAUACAUCACCCCCCGACCGUGAGACCCAGUACCGGAGCCAGUGCCACCUUGGCUGUGGCCCCCUGCACCUCUUCCUCCUUCUCUACCUCCUCCACCACUGUCCAACCCCUGGUCGAUGCACGGCACACACUUUUACCUGAGGAGACACAGCCAGCUAGCAGCCUGCCCCGACAGGAGAGCAGGUGAGACUUCUCCUCACACUUAAGCUCUGUGUACCCACUCCACUCCUCUUGAGAAAAUAUCAGGUUGGGUUGCCAGAUUGGGUUGCCAGGUUGCAGUCAACAAUGGGAUGCGGCAAUUAGAAAUAGUUAGACAUAACACACCUGCUAGCUGUUUACAAGCCAUAGCUUGAAAACCUGAACCUACAUAUUGUUAGACUGUAUUCUCAUUCUUCCAAAUGAAACUAAUAUAUUUAGUUUAUUUGAUUUAAUCUAUUCAAGUAGCUUCCUUAAGAGGAAGUUCUCUAAAUUAAUCAAUAUAUAUAUCCCCUGCCAGUACCACCUGCCCAUGCAAACCCAUUGGUUGCUACAGUUUUGUAAAUUGCUUAAAUCUUUUACGUUGCUCGUCUCACUUCUGUGUAAUUAAUUUGUGUCAAACAUUUGUGUCGCUGACUGUCUCAUCACAUCUAGGAGUCCACAUCCACAAUCACAGUCAUCACAAUGAAAAUCUCAGCCUUAUCUUGAUGAUUUAACAACUACUUCAGCUCUCUGUGCUGCCAUUUUGACCAUCUGUAAAUGAAUGCAAAAUGGAAAUACUUUCCUUCACUCUCUCAUUAGGUGUAGGGUGAAGUUGCCUCAAGAUGCUGAUAUUGGGUCAGUUUGCGUUUUCCCCACUAAGGAAGCUGAUCCUAGAUCUGUACCCAGGGGAACUUCAACCUGGAGCCUGUCAUUACUGCUGAAGCAUACCUGCUUUGUGCUAUACUCAAAUCAGACACUAUAAGCUCUUUUUAUGCUCUCUUACUGAAACCUGUUGCUAAACACAUUUUGCUGUCGUGUAGAGAACUGAUUUGAGGUCUCCAUUAUAUACAGAAAAUUCAAAAUCCAGGCUGGAGCAUUGUUAUGAAUAUUACCACAUACUAUGUAAUGCCAGUGCCUCACAUUGUACUGUACUGUAUAUUGAUUUUCAUGUGAAAAGUGUUAUGUACACAUAAUCCAAUGCAGUGAACAUUUGAUGGUGAUGUUUUCUCUGCAGCCCCCACCCAGUGAAGCCCUUGACCACCACAGCCAGUCAGGGGGAGAAGAAAGAGGGCCGGUCAAUUCUGGAGAAGCUCAAGUCUUCCAUCCACCCAUGCCGCGCCGCCCAGCAGACACUGGCUGAGACUGAGGUAUAAAAGGCCACAAACUAUGUGUUUAGACAGGCAGCCCAAUUCUGAUAUUUUUUCCACUAAUUGGUAAUUUGACCAAUCACUACAGAUAUUUUCACAUCAGAUCUUUUUCAGAGCUGAUCUGAUUGGUCGAAAGAAUUGGGCUGCCUGUCUAAACAGCCAAACUAUGCAGGGGAGCUUUUGCUCCAAUGGGUGACAUACUGUACAUGAAUAUUUUCAUAAAGCUGUGUUUUUCAGUACUGAAUCACAUAUUAGAAACAGCCCACUGGGCACACACUGGUUGAAUCAACGUUGUUUCCACGUCAUUUCAUAGACGUUGAGAAUUGACGUCUGUGCCCAGUGGGAGUAUUCCAAAUAUAUCAACGAAUAUAAUCAAGAUAAAGAAUCCAUGAAUUCACAUAAUGAAUGACUUUCCAAACAGAAACGUUCUGAAACAUUAUUGUCUACCUUGGGAUAACUGGGCAGUUCAAAAUUCAGUGGAAAGGUUUUCGGUCAUGUAUGGCUGACUCUGUAAAACAAUACAUUUCACUGCACCUAUUCGGUGUAUGUGACAAUAAAACAUCUGAUGACAGCGAUAGAUUUUUAUCAAUUGAGUCCCUCCUCUUGUUAAUCUGUGUUUUCCCAUUUGAUGUAACAGAUCCAGUCUUGUCAGAUCAGUGAUUCCUUCAAGAUAGGAAUGAAGGAUGUAUUCUCAAAAGUAUUCUGACAGGGCCUGUGUUUGUCUUCUCAGGAAUCGUUAGCGGACAGCUCGGCCCAGUACGAGCAGCUGACCAAAAUGGAGCUGAUCUCCCUUCUGCUGCAGCAGGAGAUGGAUGUGGAGAAGCAGCAGGCGGCCUCCGACCAGCAGGCGGCACUGCUGGAGAAACACGAGGCGGAGCUGAAGAAGAUCAAGGCGCAGGUGCGCGACCUGGAGGACUACAUCGACAAGCUGCUGGUGCAGAUCAUGGAGCAGACACCCACACUCCUCCAAGUGCGCUCCCGACAC